AUGCAAUACUGUUCCAUGGAUUCCUUCAGCUGGUUAUGCAUCUUGCUCAUAGCCUUACUUUUACAGAUUCUUGGCUCCACUGCUGUUCCUGUACCAAACUCGAAUUGCUAUUCUCUUGACAAUUCUAGUCGCCUUGUGGACUUUAGCAGCUUGAUUGGACAUGCAUUCGUGCAUGAGGCAAAGGACAAUACUGAUUUGGUAGUUCGCUUUUGCAAAGAUGUGGAGACUAGAUCACAAACGGGAUAUAUUGACUUUGGUCGGUUCAGUAAGCCCGGCUCAUUCCACACUGGUUCAGGACAAGUGGAUUUUGUUCAAGAUUUUUACAACGGUGACCUAGUGAACUGCGAGAAUAGUUACGACAAACUGGGACGCACUGCUCAGGUGAACCUUCUAUGCGGAGGUUGCUUAAAUGGAGCAUGUCAAGGUGGACUUGGUUGCAUAUGCAAUUUCACUUAUGAGUCAACUUGCAGGGUUGUGAUUGAUCUUGCGAUUCCAUGCGAGAAACCCGGUCCCCGUGUAUUCCAAGGUUUCACUGUUGGUUUCCACCCACGGUCCUGGGAAAUUGUGUAUGAUGGUUUGACUCAGCCAGGUUUUGAGAAACCCCACCAAGAUUUCAGCCUUGGCACGGAACAAAAUGUUGUUACCCUCUAUAUGACAGCAAUUGCUUCCCUUUCUGCAUUGGUGAAAAAACCUAUGAUUGAGGUUCAUCCUCGGAAAGGGCUAGAAGUUGUCUUGUCUGGAUCUGGGGCAAGUGGUACUCCUCCAACGACUCUGUCUCCGAGCAUGUUGAUUCUGGAAUGGGAAUGUCAGAAGGGUCGCAUUAUACCAUAUGAAGUGAAUGUCACAAUACCCAUAGAUGGUUACAGUCCUAUUCAGUUUUUCCUCACAAAAAUGUGUGAGCAUAGGCAAGAUGAAGAAGAAAACACGACGAGAGGAUGGGUCAUAUUUGGCAUCCUUUCUUGCAUAUUCUUUGUCGGUGCAACAUUGUUCUGCUGUGCAGGUUUUAUUUACAAGACACGCGUGGAACGCCUGCAUGGAAUUGAUGCAUUGCCAGGAAUGACAAUUCUAUCUGCAUGUUUAGAAGCUGUAAGCGGCAUGGGCCAUGGUUACUCUUACUCCCGAACAGAAGAAGUUCAUGGCGGCUAUACCAGCGAUGCAUCAUGGGACCGACAUUCUGUUUCUGGAUCUGCAGCAGCAUCAUCAUCCACUCCAACUCGAGGAUCUUCGAGAUCAGGAAACGUCCGAUAUGGCUCGAUCUAA